AUGGAAAAAUAUUCGCGUACGAUCGACGAAGAUUGUGACCUUUCUACAAACACCACCUUGUUAGAAGACAUCACGUUAACACCAGAUCAUGUUGCUGCAGUCUUAAGAACUCUUGACAAAGAUAAAGCACACGGACCGGAUGGUAUCCCCGCUCGUCUACUUACAGAAACAGCGUCAGUAAUAGCACCAUCGCUUUGUGAUCUGUUCAACAAGUCACUGCGCACUGGAGUAGUACCGCGAGAAUGGAAACUGGCCAAUGUCGUUCCUGUUUUUAAGAAGGGAGAUAAGGAAUAUGUUGAAAAUUAUAGACCAAUAUCUCUGCUGUCUUUAAUAUCUAAAGUAUUGGAACGCUGUUUGUUCGAAUGCAUCAAAGAUCGCGUGUUUAGCCAGAUUAAUCCUUGUCAACAUGGCUUCAUCCCAGGAAGAAAUUGCGUCACUCAGUUAAUCGAAGUGUUCGACACGAUUGGUAACUUGUUGGAUCGUGGUAAACAAAUCGAUGUCUUAUACCUGGACAUGUCGAAAGCCUUCGAUAAGGUGAGCCACACGCGUCUUCUCCUUCGUCUACGUGAUUUCGGAUUUAGUGGUAACAUCCUCAAAUGGUUCCAAUCAUACUUACAAGAUCGUAGACAACAAACGACAAUCCUUGGAGCAACAUCAUCUCCUACACCAGUAACUUCAGGAGUACCUCAAGGCUCAAUUCUUGGUCCACUACUGUUCUUGUUAUAUGAAAACGACCUACCUUCCAGUAUC